ACACGUGCUUUCCUCCUUCUGCAGCAUGUACCGAGGUUGUGGAGGAGUGAAGAGAUGUCCGUAGACAUGGUGGAGCUCUCCGAAACAACGCCGGAGCCGGUCAAACCGGCCGGAAUCCCGCAAAAGAACCGCGUGUUCCUCGACUUCUUCUGGGACUUGGCCAAACCGGACCAGGAGGUCCGGCUCAAGGCUUUAGAGAACCUCAUUCAGUACCUGAAGACCAACGACCAGGCAGAUGAGUUGGAAUACUCCUUGAAGAGGCUGGUGGAUGGACUCGCUCACACACGGGAGGCUGCGAGACCUGCAUUCAGCUUGGCUCUGGGGCAGGUCUUGGGUGCAUUCAAACACGUCUCUCUGCAAAUUGUACUCGACCAAAUAAAAGCAAAACACAAUUUGCGGACAGUGAAAAAGAAACUCAUCAGAAAUGCCGCGUUUGGAAACCUGUUUGGCGUCCUCGCCCUCCAUCAGUCCGGCCGCAUCUCUGAAAAGCCGGAGGUGGUGCUGGGAUGUGUGCAGCUCCUGCAGAGCCUCAGCCAUUACAGGCAGCACCUGAAGGACCUGCCCACACAGACCAUGACGGACAUCCUCAACGAGAUCCCAGAGGAGGUGUUUGAGGAGGUCCUGCUGAGCGCCCUGCAAACUGACCUGGCAUCAGCGUUCAGCACUCCGGAGCAGCUGCAGCUGCUGCUGGUGGCAUUGCGGCGCUUUCCGCGAACACUCAAGCCCAAGAAACUCAAGAAGCUGCUGGGCUUCUCUACCAUCAUCAACGCCGACAACAUUCCCAAGUUGACCGAGGUGUUAAAGAUGGCGGCCCAGUCCUCAAAGAAGGAAUGUCUCCUCCCGCGGGUUGUCCUGGACCUCCUGAAGCUCUCACUGAAGGAAGACAGCUUCCAGCUGUUCUGGGAUGACGCCAUCACCAACGGCAUGUUACUAAGGGAGCCGGCGGGGCCCACUCAUUACAUGAGCUUCCGUCUGCUGGGCAGCGCCUUGCCCCUUCUGUCGGAAGCCCAGCUGAAGACUGUGCUGUCCGGAGAGGUGAUGACCUACUACGCUGAGCAUCUGGCGUCUUCUCAGAAAGGGGGCCGCUUCAAGCUGGCGCCAGAGAUGGAAGCCUACGUGUUGGCCUUCUUGCAGGGCUGCCAGGACGUCGACCGCCAGCUGGCGGUGAUGGAGGCCUUCUCCUUGCUGUCCAGCAAUGGCUUGUUGGUGAUGUCGCCGACGUGGAGGGUGGUGCAGCACCUCCAGCCCGCGGCUGUGCAGCAGUACGUGGAGUGGCUGAAGACCAUGUUCCUGCAGCCUCAGCUGGACAAGCUGCUGGACCUCGGCGCUCGCAAGCAGAAGGACAAGAAGGACGUGAAGGAACAGAAGGAGAACUCCUUAUUCAGCCUGAGGAGGUGGAUCGUCUCUCGGCUCUGCUCGAUUAUCGACAACAACCAAGUGAAGAAGGAGGAGGGUAUCAUCAUGGGUGUGGCCAGAUUUAUCUUUUUCCACGCGUUCUUCGUGGUCAAGAAGGCAUCGCGGGACAUCGAAGAGACGUUGGGGAAGCUGUCUAUCCCGCUGGAUACUAGAAUCAGAGGACCGCUUGUCAGUUCCUUCUUUGGACUCCUCUUGUCGCUGCACCACUUGCCUCUGGACAAAGACCCGGCCGAAGGGGCGGCACCCAACCGCAGGCGCGUUGUGGGCAUCACAGCCGACGGCACCCUGUGGAUCUACCACAUGGCUCAGUAUGCUCAGCUGCUGCUAAGCCAGCCCAAAUACGCCCAGUGCAGCAAGCCCUUCACCCCCGAGCAGAGACAGGCCUGGGACAGCAUGCUGGAGUCGGUCGCAAACCUGAAGAAGAAAGAGAAGAAAGGCCCGACUCCGGGGAGCGGUGCUUUCCAGCAGCUCUUCCUGUUGGUCGGGUUGCACCUCUUCACGGCGCCGGAAGAGCUUGUGGACAUUAUGAAGGACCUGCAGAGCUGCAUGGACAAAGCUCUGGAGAAGAAUGCCAAGAAGAAGAAGAAGAAGAAGAAACCAGGGCAGGAGGAGGAGCCCGAGUGGGUGGAUGUGAUGGUGGAAAUCCUGUUGUCCCUGCUUUCCCAGCAGAGCCGACAUAUCAGACUGGUCUGCAAAACGGUCUUCUCAUCCAUCUGCCCCGAUGUCACCAAAACGGCCCUCACCGCCAUCUUGGAUGUCCUGGACCCAGAGAAGGAUGACGAGGACGGCGCUUUGGUCGUCACUGUCGACAACAAAGCCCAAAAGAAAAACCCAGAUGAGGAAGAUGAUGAUGAUGAUGAGAUGGAGGGUAACAAGUCAGACGAUGACUCUGAUGAAGCAAUGGAGGAGGAUGACGACAAUGAUGAUGACGACGACGACGACGAUGAGGAGGAGGAUGAUGAUGAUGAUGAUGAUGAUGAGGGGGAGAUGGCUGAGGGAAAUGUGGACCAACAUUUCCGUAUGGAGCUGAUGAAGGUCUUGCACGGGCAGAAUGCUCUGGCCACAGGGGAUGACGGCAGCAGUGACGAAGAGAUGGAUGACGACGCCAUGAUGGCGCUAGACAAGGGCCUGGCGACGCUGUUCUCGGAGCACAAGAAAAAUGCAGAGGCCAAAAAAGAUGAAAAGACAAAAAUUCAGAAAGAGAAGACGCUGGUCCGGGACUUUAAGAUCAAGGUUUUGGACCUGGUGGAAGUGUUCGUGACCCGGCAGGCCGGCAGCCCUCUGGUUCUUUGUUUGGUGGAGCCUCUGCUCACCAUCAUCAACAGAGGAAUGAGCUCCGGCAGCGACCAGCAGGAGCAGGACUUCCUCCGCCGAGUUGCAGAUAUCUUCAGGAACCAACUGUGUAGGUCCAAAGUUUACUGCAGGACCGCCGGUGACAGAGAGGGGGAGCUCCAUGACCUGCUGGACAAACUGAUGACUAAAACCCAGAAGCUGUCCGAGUCCUCCGUCUGUCUCUACUACUUCAGUGCUUCCCUGUACGUGGUGAAAGUGCUGCGAGGAGCUCCACCCACCGAAGCCAAAGAGGAGCAGACCGCCGACGGGGCUGCAGCACAAGACUUGAGCUUCAUGGGCAACGUGGAUGUGGACCGGGUCGCCGCCAUCUUCAAAGGGGCCCUGAGCAACUUCAUGGGCAAGAGGAAGAGCCCCCUGAGCGCCCAGAUGUUCACAGACCUGUUCACCAAGUUCCCCGUGUUGUGUGUGAAGCUGUUGGACACUAUUGUGCAGCACAUCACAUCUGGAGUCAGAGUUUACCAACAGGGCCAAGCUUGUAUGCUGAUGUUGCGGGCGAUGCAGAGCAGGGAGGUUCAGCAGCUGCUGAGCGGCGCUCCCUGGACGGAGCUGUGUGCGAAGGUCUCUGCUCAGCUGACGGCGAGUCUUCAGCAGGUCGGUGCGACCGAGAACAAGGAGGUGAAGGAGAAGGUGCUGAAAGCCCUGGAGCUCUGUAUCUUCCUGAUCCGGAGCGUUCAGCGUCAGAAGCUGGCUGUGGACCUGGCGCCCCUACAGGAGGUCCUGCAGUCCCUGACCAGCAACAUCGCUUUCAAGAAGUCCGGCAAGCUGGAGGACACCUACUGGGCCGUGGUGAAACACUUUGGAAUCCAAAAACCAAAGGUUGAAAAGACGAAGCCCGACAAGGAGGCCGACCUACCGCAGAGUCCCAAGAAGAAGAAGAAAGGUUUCCUGCCGGAAACAAAGAAGCGCAAAAAACGCGACAACCCAAUUCUAGAGCCGGCCGCCGCCGCCGCGGCAGCAGAGGCAGCAGAGGCGGGCCAGGCGACCUCGGGUUUCAGGCCGGGGGCGGACAAAGGACAGGUCAAAAAGAAACACGACAAGAAAACGAAGCGGAAGCGACCUGCCGACGGCGGCGCGGCGGCGGCUUCUCAGCCCAACGCGGCCAAGAAGAGCAAGACGACGCAGUCUGAGAGCAAGGCGGCCAAGAAGAAGAAAGAGGGAGGAGGGAAAAUGUAAAGUGGACACUGUUUUAAUGUUUUCAUUUUUGAAGCUGUCAGUUUAUCCGUUUUAUUUUUUAUUAACUCCGUCGGUUCAGUGUGGACAACACGUUUAUUUCAAUGUGUUUCAAUAUGAGACAGUGUUCUGCAUAUUGAAAUUGUUCAAAUGUAUCAGAACGGAAUUUAGAUGGAUUAUUUUUCUUCCGGUAGCCGAUGGCUAUAAAUUAGGGGGAAAAAAAAUGUCCAACCACAAUAAACUCACUUCUUUCUGGAAUGUAUCAAAACUCUUUUCCCAUUUCCAAACGGCUCCAUCAGGUUCGUGAAUCGAUGUUUUGAGAGAAAGAAACGAGGUGAGCGUUCGUCAUCACUUCUUCAAAUGAUGUAAUAUUUUAUAAGAGCUUUGUCAUUCUUACAAUUUUACAGAUGGGUCCACUGUCAUAGCAGAAUUAGAGAAGAAAACAAGUCAAAAUAUUUUCAUUAUUUUGAGAUCUUGUGUAUUCACAAUUCAUCGACAUGUUUGAGUUACUGUGGGAAGUAAAUUAUAAAUCUUACUAGAUUAGCAUAAAACAAAGAAACUCAGAGGAAAAUCUACAAACCUGCUAUACUUUUCACAUAUUACUACUUAUAAGCAGUUGCAAAGUAACAUGAUUAUUCAUAAGUUGUCGGUGUCCCACCUUUCCUUUGACUGCAGAGGAUCUUUUUUUCCUCUAGUAUUUUUCAGAAAAUAAAAUUUUCUCAUUGACAAACAGGUUUUCGAAGCUGACCUCAUUGUUUGUGACAGCGAAAUCUAAAAACCAUUACUGAAAGAAAUGGGAGGCUGCAGUUUUGGGUCACAUGUUCGCUGACAUUAGAUUCUUAUUAGAAAGAACAUCACUUUGAACAAUAUUGGAUGUUGCUAGCCUGUGUGCCGUAAACCAGGCACACAACCCUAAUUCAGCUGUUGGGGAGAAAAUGAUGCAGUGUAGAACAAAAUGGAUUACUAUAUAGGACAUUAAGCCGUGCUGCCAUAAAUCCACAGGAAUACCAGGUAGGUGGCAGCCCCAUCCAUCAGUUUAUCUAAUCUUAAAGCCCCUCUUCACUUCAGGAACCUUCAGCAGUGCGUCUCAACAGGAGCCAUUUUAUAACCAACGUUGUGUUUGGUGCAUUACU